AAACCUUUCAUUGAGCAAGAUCAGAAGGCUAAGGAUCAACAGUAUAAGUGAGAGUUCUUAGGAAGUUGUGUCUGAAUUUACUCCAAUUCAGGACUAGACGUUGCGUGGUGUGGAAGAAAGAAGAAGCGAGUUUGGUUCAGAGCAUAAACAUUGGAUCACAAGAAGAGUGAAACGCGAUUCAGAAAAGAAAACAUGUACCAUCAUAACCAGCAUCUGGGAAAGAACAUCAAUCCUUCUUCAAGAAUGUCAAUCCCUUCAGACAGGCAUUUGUUUCUACAAGGUGGUAAUGGUCCUGGAGAUUCGGGACUCGUCCUGUCGACUGAUGCGAAGCCUAGACUAAAAUGGACACCUGAUCUUCACGAGAGAUUCGUCGAAGCAGUCACCCAGCUUGGCGGAGCAGAUAAGGCCACUCCCAAAACAGUCAUGAAGCUUAUGGGAAUUCCAGGCCUCACCCUAUACCACUUGAAGAGUCAUCUCCAGAAAUACAGGCUCAGUAAGAAUCUGCAUGGACAAGCAAACAGCGGAAACAACAAAAUCGGUACUGUCGCUGUUGGAGGAGACAGAGUACCAGAGACAAACGGAUCUCACGUCCACAAUUUAAACAUCGUACCGCAAACAAACAAAAACUUGCAUUUCAGUGAGGCGCUCCAGAUGCAAAUUGAAGUGCAGAGGAGACUCCAUGAACAGCUGGAGGUACAGAGACACUUGCAGCUCCGGAUAGAGGCUCAAGGAAAGUAUCUCCAGUCAGUGCUCGAGAAAGCUCAAGAGACUCUAGGGAGACAAAACUUGGGCUCAGCGAGCCUCGAAGCCGCCAAGCUUCAGCUUUCCGAGCUGGUGUCCAAAGUAUCUACGCAAAGCCUGAACUCCGCAUUCCCGGACUUGAAGGAACUUCAGGGCUUAUGUGCACAGCAAAUGCAGAUGAACCCGCCUACCGAUUGUUCCGUUGACAGCUGCCUCACCUCCUGCGAAGGAUCACAUAAAGACCAAGAGAUUCACAACAACGGCAUUGGGCUGAGACCAUAUAGCGGUGGUAGCAUGCUCUUGGACCCAAAAGAAAUCGCAGACGAGCCCAGAACAGAGAAAAUUGAAUUCAAGUGGGGUGGGGAUGUGAAAGAAGACAGGAUGUUUCUUUCAUAUGGAGUGAAGGAAAUGGAGAGGAGAUCUUUCCCUGGAGGACUAGGACAAAGCCACUUGUCCAUGAGCAUAGGCCUUGAAGGAGGACAGGGCUGUUCCGAGGUGAAAAACAAAGCCAAAGAAGGCGGAGGGAGCGUGGAUUUCCUUGAAAGACUGCACUCCAGAGCGGAUUCGGUGAAGCUGGAUAGCGAUCAGAGAUCCUGUGGGAAUCGAAUGCAUUACUUCGACGCGAAACUUGACCUGAAUGCCCACGAAGAAAAUGACGUCGCCUCGAGCUGCAAACAGUUCGAUUUGAAUGGAUUCAGCUGGAGCUGAGAAGGGUCUCUCGGGCUAAACCAGAUCGAUUCAACGGACAAACGCUUCCCAAGCUCACCUUCCCCUGCAGUGAAGGAUCGGUGGCUGGGAAGAUGGCCAGCCACUGGCCGUUCAGUCAGGAAAUAAUUUGCAUCACCCAAAUGUGUACACUAUUUAUAAGUAGAUAAGCAAUGAGGGGCUUCUAAAGCAUGCAAAACUAUAUUGUCGUAGAUAAUUUUUCAAGAAUGCCAAGUUAUAUACUUGGUGCACAA